AUAUUGCAGAGAUUCCUUCCGAUUGCAUUUGCUGUGAUAGCAGUUGUUCGUGCGGCUACUUUGCCGGCCGACUAUCUGCCACCCGUUGUGGAUAACAGUUUGCCUGUACAAGAAUACUUAGCGCCAGUCGACGAGGCUGCACAAGAACACACUGUGCUAGCCGAUGAUGGUUACCGUUAUAAGGCAGUACAUCGUCUUAAACUUCGUCAUCGUCGUGAUGUAAAUGAAUUACCUGAAAAUGAAUACCUGCCACCCGCGGAGGAAGUCCAAGAGAGCGCUGUAGAAGAAUCCGUUGAGCCUGCUCCUGAAGUCAAAACUGAAUUGGCUGAUGAUGGCUACCGUUACAAGACAGUUCGUCGUCUUAAAUACCGCAAACGUCGUGACGUUGAUGAAGUCCCACAAAACGAAUAUCUCCCACCCACUGAAAACGCUCCAGUGUCCGUUGUUGCUGAGGCUACUGAAGCCGCUGAGCCAGCUGAGCCCUCUGCUGAAGAAGGAACUGAGUUGGCUGCUGAUGGAUACCGUUACAAAACAGUACGUCGUUUGAAAUACCGCAAGCGCCGUGACGUUGAUGAAGUUCCACAAAAUGAGUACCUCCCACCUACUGAAGACGCUGAAGAAUCCGUUGUUGCUGAGGUUACUGAAGCCACUGAGCCAUCUGAGCCCGCUGCUGAAGAAGGAACUGAAUUGGCUGCUGACGGUUACCGUUACAAGACUGUUCGUCGUUUGAAAUACCGCAAGCGCCGUGACGUUGAUGAAGUUCCACAAAAUGAGUACCUCCCACCUACUGAAGACGCUCAAGAAUCCGUUGUUGCUGAGGUUACUGAAGCCGCUGAGCCAUCUGAGCCCGCUGCUGAAGAAGGAACUGAAUUGGCUGCUGACGGUUACCGUUACAAGACUGUUCGUCGUUUGAAAUACCGCAAGCGCCGUGAUGUUGAUGAAGUUCCACAAAAUGAGUAUCUCCCACCUACUGAAGAUGCUCAAGAAUCCGUUGUUGCUGAGGUUACUGAAGCCGGUGAGCCAGCUGAGCCCUCUGCUGAAGAAGGUACUGACUUGGCAGCCGAUGGUUACCGUUACAAGACUAUUCGUCGUUUGAAAUACCGUAAGCGCCGUGAUGUUGAUGAAGUCCCACAAAACGAAUACCUCCCACCUACUGAAAACGCUCAAGAGUUCGUUGCUGCUGAGGUUACUGAAGCCGCUGAGCCAUCUGAGCCCGCUGCUGAAGAAGGAACUGAAUUGGCUGCUGACGGUUACCGUUACAAGACUGUUCGUCGUUUGAAAUACCGCAAGCGCCGUUAUGUUGAUGAAGUUCUACAAAAUGAGUAUCUCCCACCUACUGAAAAUGCCCAAGAGUCCGUUGUUGCUGAGGUUGCUGAAGCAGCUGAGCCUGCUGAUGAAGAAGGAACUGAAUUGGCUGCUGAUGGUUACCGUUACAAAACAGUCCGUCGCUUGAAGUACCGCAAGCGCCGCGAUGUUGAUGAAGUCCCUCAAAAUGAAUACCUUCCACCUACUGAGGAUGCUCAAGAGUCCGUUGUUGCUGAUGUUACUGAAGCCGCUGAGCCAGUACAGCCCGCUGCUGAAGAAGGAACCGAAUUGGCUGCUGAUGGUUACCGUUACAAAACAAUUCGUCGCUUGAAGUACCGCAAGCGCCGCGAUGUUGAUGAAGUUCCACAAAACGAAUAUCUACCACCUGUUGAGGAAGCUCAAGAAACUGUUGUUACUGAGGUUGCUGAACCUGCUGAGCCAGCUACUGAUGAUGCUACCGUCUUAGCUGACGACGGUUACCGAUACAAAGUAGUACGUCGGCUAGAAUACCGUCACCGUCGUGAUGUGAAUGAACUACCAGCUAAUGAGUACCUGCCACCAACAGAGGAAGGCCAAGAAGUUGCGGAGCAGCAACCAGAAGAAGAAACAGCUGCGCUCGCCGACGAUGGCUAUCGGUACAAAACUGUGCGCCGUUUGAAAUAUCGCCGCCAUUAGUUAGAUCAAUUGCAUUUUAAGACACAUAGGAACAAAAAGCUAUUAUUCAUGUACAUAAAACAUAUAGGCAAAGGUAUACACUUAAGAUAUGAAGGAAGAAAUGAAGUAAAUCACGAAAAACAUAAA